CAACAACCAACAAUCCGGACGUUUUAUUCAAACGAAAAAAAAAAUCGGUUUCGAAGAUAAAAGUUUGCCGACUGAGGAUUGCAACAGUUGUACUGUUGUUCCUACUACUUCCUAGUUCAUUGCGUUUAUAAUUUUCAUAAUCGUCGCGACAAACAAACAUUCGUCCCAAAAAUAAUUAUUGUUAAUGUUUUUAAUUAAUUAACUGUUUUCGUUGUCGUUUCAUUUUUUCCAACCUAUUUGAUGUUACCAUUUAUAUAUUUGAAUCAAUUGAUAAUAUUAUAAUCGCACUACAACACUUAGGCCAAUUUUUGACUUGCGUAAAUUUCGUAAGAUUUAUAACAAUAUGUGGAGCGACGGUUACCAUCAUCACAGUUGCAACAGAAACGGUAUCUGUUCGUUCUACAGAAGAAGGCACGUUUACAGAGACUUUCAGUCGAAAAUGAAAUCCGUCGAACAGGGCACGCCGUUACCUAUAAUGCAGAACGGACGUUUAAACGUGUCGACAGCUGACUUGAACCACAUGCGACCAGUUGCCAUGUUGUCCACAUGCGAUGACCGCCAUCGCGGGGCCUCUACCAACGCCACCACUGCGGGCGGCCGUGCACAACAAACCGAUCUCAGCCGCCUGGCCGUCCUGAGCUACGAACAAGUGGCCCGACUGAACGACGUGAUGGACGAGACUGUCAGCAUCCACGGCCGUGGAAAUUUCCCCACACUCGAGGUGCGUCUUCGUGACCUAGUGGCGAUGGUGCGCGACCGACUGCGCGCCCAAGCCGCGCCCGAAGACGACGACGUUGCGUUCCCGGCCGAAAGGUCCGCACCUCCGUCGUCGGAUGCUGAUGACACGUGCUUCCAAGUACGAAGCAUCAGACUCAACGGCGGAGCGGCCUCACACGUGCUGACCACCGACACACAACCGUACAAUGACCUGGACUUGAUAUUCAACAUCAGUCUGUCUGGGAACCGGGAUUUCGACCGUGUCAAGUCGGCUGUGCUCCGGGCCCUGGUCGACUUGCUGCCCGAGGGUGUCAGCCGCAAACGUAUGACGCCGUGCAGCAUCAAGGAGGCAUACGUGAGCAAAAUGGUCAAAGUGAACAAGGACGGCGACCGGUGGUCGCUGAUAUCGCUGGGUACGCUGCCGGGCCAGCGAAACGUCGAGCUCAAGUUCGUCGAUCGGAUGAAGAGGCCGUUCGAGUUCAGCGUUGACUCGUUUCAAAUCGUGCUCGACUCGCUACUGCUGUUCUACGAGUGUUCCAGCGGCGUGCCGAUCAGUGAGAGUUUCUAUCCGACUGUGGUCGGUGAAUCCGUAUACGGUGACUUCCGGGAUGCCAUGUACCACCUGGAGAACAAGCUGAUCGUCACCAGGAACCCAGAGGAGAUUCGUGGCGGCGGACUGCUCAAGUACUGUAAUUUGUUGUUACGUAACUACGCACCCGACUACGACGGUGACGGUACUAAGAAGCUAGAACGGUAUAUGUGCUCCAGGUUCUUUAUUGACUUCUCCGACAUACACCAACAGCGCGCUAAGCUAGAGAACUAUUUGAAAAAUCACUUUUGCGCCCCCCAAGAGGAAUAUAUGAAGCUCCAAUACCUCAACGUGCUAAAACAGGUGGUCGAAGAAAGCACCGUAUGCCUGAUGAUACAUGAGAGGCAUCAGACCCUAUCGCUGAUCGCCGAAUUGUCGUGGCGGCUGAUGGCCGGUCACGGAAUGUACUACUAUUACCAUCCACAGCCGCAGCUGACCAUGUCUAUUGGACACCACAGCCAAUUGCCGGCACAACUACAUUGCCCUUCAUAAGUGUGUUUGAAUUUGAUUUUUUUUAAAUAUUUUUAUUAUUAUUAUUUUUUUUUUUAAAUGAUACGUUUAACAAUUUAACAAAAAAAUGUUCAUAUUAUGUUAUUAUAUAUAUACAUGAUCUCUAAAAAAAAACAAGUCUCUCGCACUCUGCCUCGCCCGCCUCCUUCAUCCCAACAAAUUUUUAUUUGACACCCGCGUAACGGCGCCGACCCAGUGAACAAAUUUUCACGUUUGUAUAUUGUCCGUACGACUUUGAAUGAUUUAUCUUUAAAUGUCUGUUAAUUUAUUCAAAUUUUUGUUUAAUAUAUUAUUAUGAUUGCGCAUUUGCGUUGUACGUACGUUUUCCGUUUAUAAAAAUGUAUUAGGCUUUAUGAGGUUGAACAAAAAAAAAAGAUUUUAUAUUUACUUUCGUUGCGUACUUAAUUGGCUACAAUUUUUUUUUACGUUUUGGCAGCCAUCGUUGACUAUUGCACAUUAUCUAUAUUAUAUGAAUCAAAAGAGUGAAUACAUUCUGCAGUUUACAGAGCGGAACGGCCAACAUAUGAAACACCGAAUCUAUUAUUAUGUUUUUACUUUUUUCUAAUCCUAUAUGUAUAUAAUUUAUUCAUAUCUCUGAUUCGGAAGCACAUUAGACAGUUAACAAUAUUGUAUUAAUUUUAUCCGCACAUCGUCUUGUAAUGAAWAAGUUACUAUCGAUUCCCAAAUCUGUCGUAAAUAUAAUAUAUAUCUGUUAUACUUGGUAUGUUUGAUAUGCUAAGGAAAAAAUGCUUAUGGCCCGAGUUAGAGAGACUUAUUCUUAUUAUUUUUAUUUUUAAUAUAUUUGUAUAUAUAAUACACACACACGCGCACGCGAAUUAACGUGUAUUACGCACGGUGUACAAUUACAACAUAUAAACAGUUGUUUUACUCAAAAUUAAAAAUACCAUAACAACAUAUUGUGCGCGUGUAAAAAUAUCUCCUAAAACAAAAAAUACAAAAUAUAUGAUGUGAACCGGUUACCGUACCGAAAUUUUUAAACUGUUUAAUGAUAAAUCAUUAUUAUAUAAUAUUAUUUAUCGUUCCCUUACAAAUAUUGUGUGUAAAAGUUAAACUUUUUUUAU